AAGAGUGGAGAAAAGGAAAGCUAAUUAGAAAGAUAAUAAAUAAUGGAGGGGGGGAGGGGAAAGGAAGAAAAAUAAAAAGAGAAGACUCAACCCCAUGUAUUCAGAUUCCUCUUGAGUACAUGUCUUGUGUAUGCUUUCUUCUGCAAAAAAACUUCUUAACCUUUGGAGCAAAAGAGGAAAAGCUCCAAAGAUUGACUUGAGAGAGUGCAAGGGAAAAGGAGUAAGGAGAGGAGAAGGGGUGAUAAGAGUAAAAUAGAGCUAGCUAGAAAGCUACAAGUGUUUCAACAGUAAUGAAUAGAGGAGUGCUUGAGAGCUCCCUGGUGCAACAAAUGAUGGGGGAGAGCCCUACUUUGUGGAAUAUGAAUAAUAUGAAGGCUCCUUGUCCUCAACACACCUCUCCUCUCCUACCCUCCUUACUAUCUUCAUCAUCAUCAUCUUCUUCUUCUUCUUCUUACUACAACCCACUACCCUCUAAUUUUCCUAUGACCUCUUUGCAUGAUCACAACCAAGAGAUGCCUGAGUCAUGGAGCCAACUCUUGAUGGGUGGGCUUGUUGGAGAAAAUGAUCAUCAAAGAUAUAGCUCCAGUGCUCCUUUCCAAGCCAGACAUAUAGAGAAUUGGGGGAAUCAAAUGAUAGCAUACCCAACAGGAGUAAAGCAAGAGAGAUCAUGUGAGAGUGGUUAUGUUUAUGGCCCUGGGAAUGAGGAGAUCAUUCAUGCAUCAGAGUCUCAGUGGGGUCAUAUGCUACAAGCUUCCUCUCCAAAGUCAUGUGUUACAACCAUCUUCAGCAGCAACAUGUUGGACUUCUCAAACAGCAAGGGAGAAAGAAAGCAUCACCAACCAGAUAAUUCAUCUGAGUGCAACAGCACAGCAACAGGUUCAGCUCUCAAGAAAGCUAGGGUUGUAGGUUCUUCAUCAGCACAAUCUUCUUUCCAGGUGAGGAAGGAGAAGCUAGGGGAUAGAAUAACUGCACUUCACCAGCUAGUUUCCCCAUUUGGAAAGGUUCUGAGCACCCCGUACGUGGGCAGUGGAUCAGGGAACACCAAACAGCCUGUCCUGCAGGGUGAAAAUGUUACUGAGGCAAAGGACCUGAGGAGUAGAGGGCUAUGCCUAGUUCCAGUCUCCUGCACUUUGCACGUCGGAAGCGACAACGGCGCCGACUACUGGGCUCCGGCUUUUGGCAACGGUUACCGAUAAGCACUCGAUCGAGGCUUUUCGCGGCAUAUGCAUGCUUAGAGGUUUUAUGAUGGACAUAACAUCAGGAGCAGUCACCCUGCAAACAAAACCUAAAAGGGUGAUUCCUCUUGAUGCUAUGCAAUUUACCAUAUUUUGGGAUAGCUUGUGUAUAAGGUUUAAGGUGAUAAAAAGUUAACUGCAGCUAGGGCAAGCAGGUACCUUAAAUUUAUACAUGUAGUAUGGGAAGUUAUAUAUAUAUGCUUCUGAGUAACACCUCUUUUUUGGGGCAUAUAAUGUUUAUGAUGCAUAUGAAAGUGUAAUAGAGGGUGUAACUCAUGUAUAACUUAGAUGUAAUGUAACACUUAGAAGCUAUAUAUGUGUUACUUUAUGGUAA